AUGAGACUGCUUCUGCCUUUUUUAAUUUGCAUCACAGCAAUCUUCCUCGCUUAUAGUCCUUCAAUCCAGGACACUCUUACUACUUUUCUGCACCAGAAGCUCCCGGCUACUUUGUCGCAGUACCUGCCCAAAGGCUACAACCUUACCAACUCCAACACUACACCCACCAAUCCCAACCUCCCAUUGGAAUACCCCGCUCCUAUCGUCCUCCCCAUCACCGAAAUGAGCACCGCCCGCGCAAUCCGUCAGGUCUUCCUGGCCAUCGAACAAGCCGAAGGUGCAGGCGCCCGCGUGCGCCGCUCCAUCGGUACCGCCAAGCUCCGCAACUUCAGCCCGUUCCUCAUGCUCGACCACUUCACCAUUGGCAAGGGUGCCGGUUUCCCGGAUCACCCUCACCGCGGCCAAGAGACGAUCACCUACCUGCUGUCCGGUGGUGUCGACCAUGAAGAUUUCGCGGGGAACAAGGGUACCAUCGGACCCGGUGAUCUGCAAUUCAUGACGGCUGGCCGUGGCAUUAUGCACGCCGAAAUGCCCCACGAAAACCCGGAUGGCUCCCCCAACGUCGGCAUGCAGCUCUGGGUCGAUCUUCCCCAGAAACUGAAGAUGUGUGAGCCGCGGUACCGUGAUCUGCGCGCGAGCGAAAUCCCGCUCGCCAAGGCGGACGAGGGCCGUGUGGAGAUCAAGGUUAUCUCUGGUCAAUCGCACGGUGUUGAUUCGGUCCGCGAUCUGGCGUACACGCCCGUUUGGAUUUUGGACGUGACUAUUCGUCCCGGUGGUCGGUUGUCGCAGACGCUGCCUCAGGGGUGGAAUGCUUUUGCGUACACGCUAUCUGGCAAGACGAUCUUUGGAUCGAAUGAUUCGACGCAGGCGGUCAAGGAAUUCCACAAUGUCGUCUUUGAGCAGACUGGUGACCUUGUGGAGGCUUCCGUUCCUGAUAAUGCGGACUCGGAGUCUCGCUUUAUCAUUGUGGCCGGCCUACCGCUGGAUCAGAAGGUUGUGCAGUAUGGUCCAUUCGUGCUGAACAGCCAGGAGGAGGUUUACCAGGCCAUGCUCGACUACCAGACUGCGUCCAAUGGCUUUGAGAAGUCGCGCAACUGGCAGAGCGAGAUUGGCAAGCGGAUGGCCAAUUAA